GUGAGGGGUUGAAAAAGAGAGUGGUGGACCUGCAGCGCUGUGAGACCGACAGGGAGAAGCAGCAGAGACAAACAAAACACACACAGUCAAUCUAAACACACAUACACACACACACACACACACACUGACAAGCAGGUAGGCAGAAGAGCGGACCUGAAACUCACCACUUAUCACACUCAUUCAACCUCAUAUACUCUUACUCUCACACACUGAGUCGGCAGCAGCAGCAGCAGCAGCAUGUUCCGGUGGAGGCUCCCCCAGACAGUGUGUGUGCUGUCAGUGUGUGUGUGUCUGGUUCUUGCAUAUGAGGAGGAUUUUGAGGUCAACUACGCUGACACCUACUACAAUGAAAUCACAGAUGGAGAGACACCAGAACCCACACCGAGUCCAGCCCCCUGCAACUCUCCAGACCUGACCAAAUGGGACAAAAUCUUCUCCAUGCUGGAGAACAGUCAGAUGAGGGAGAACAUGUUGCUUCAGUAUGCAGAUGACAUUAUUAAGGUGGAGAUGGGGUCACUGCGUGGAGAAAUGCUCAGGUUUGUAGCGCAGUAUGGUGGCACCUGUGGGGUUGCAGUGGAGACAGCAGGAAGAAGGAUGGCCUUGCAGCUGGAGGGCCGCCUAAGAGAAACCCUGGAGCGCCUCAAAUCCAGAGAUCACACUUUUGCUGCUGCUGGGAAUUCUGUUGGGAAUUCUAACCACCUGGAGGCGAUGCUGCAGCAGCUCCUCUCCGCAGCACAAACACAAACUUCCCGACUCGCCAAGCUGGAGACCAGCUGCUUCAGUAGCCCAGGAGCUGGGAUGGGCAUGAAUUCAAAGACAGGAUCCCAGCUUCCAGAAGGUGAAGGGGCACGGCUCCGGGAGCAAGAGGUCACAUCACAAGAGGUGGCUUUAGACGGGGUGCUGGCUGUGCUGCAAGAGACGAGGGUGCAACUGGGGGAGGUACUGAGGUCAUUGAGGCAAAGAUACCUACCGGCAGGUUGUGAGAUGGCGCUGCUCUUCCCCAUGCGUUCCCGACGAAUCUACACCUCCGUCAUACCAGAUGUCCCGCUCUCAGUCUCCUCUUUUACUGUCUGCAUGUGGGUGAAGCCGACCACCGUCUCCAACAAAACUGUGCUGUUCUCCUACGGAAACCGCCGCAACCCAUAUGAAAUCCAGCUGCUGCUCGGUCAAACCUCAGCGCUCUUCACCAUUGGAGGAGAGGCUCACCUGGUGGAGGCACAGGGUGUUGUGAACCCAGGGGGCACAUCAGAGUGGAUCCACUUGUGCGGGGCUUGGUCGUCUGAGCAGGGCCUGGCGUCCCUGUGGGCAGCUGGGAAAAAGGUGGCCUCCACACCCGGAGUGGCUGAGGGACAUGUCUUACCCGACGGAGGCUCACUCCAGCUGGGGCAGGAAAGGAACGGCUGCUGCUCUCCAUCUCCAAGCGGGGUGGCAGGGUUUGAGGGAGGGUUCGAUGCCAAGAUGGCGUUCACAGGGAAGAUGACAGGAGUGAACAUGUGGGACAGGGUGCUGUCAGAGGAGGAGAUUUCCCAGGUGGCUUUGCAGGAAGGCCAGGGCUGCAAGCAGAGGGGGAACAUGGUGGCGUGGGGAGUGACGGAGAUGGUGCCACAUGGAGGCGCUCAAUUCAUCAACUGAUUCAUAUUGCUCGUGGUAAAAAUUAGCAUCAGCAUCAUAAUCCUCAUGGUGAAUAUCAGCAACAUCGUAAUAAGCUUUCAUGCUGAAACUGAGGAGAGCAACUUAAAAAAGUAACUGUUUUUAUUAUCUUUGCCCAUAUAGUUAAAUGUCUUAAUUAUUAUGAUAUCAUCAUGAACAUUAAUGCUGCAAUGAACUUUACCAGACAUGUGCAAAUGAGAGAAAGCCAAUGCUGUGAGAGACUGAAGUUUACUUUUGUAACCUUUGAACUGACACCAUAACACACACACACACACACACACACACACACACACACACACACACACACACACACACGUACAUUCAGCUUAGAAAACUUGUAUUGUAGCAGAAGUGCUGCAUUAACCAAAUACUCAAUUAGACUGCAAAAAAGACAAAGAGUCUUUUGUUAAUGUGAACGGGUUCUGAGCCAGUAAACAGAGUAAUCACCAGACAGCCAUGCAGGAGAGGAAAAUAAGAGGUCACAGACAAUUACAAGAGAUCUUGUAACUGUAGUGAUGUAGUUUUUAGAGUAAUGAUGCAUUUUCUCUCUUUCUAUCUUGAUUUGUACAGAAAUAGCCGGUGCAGUUAAUCAAUAAUCAAUGCAAAACCUGUUGAACAUUAAUUUAACAAAAUAUUUUGUUAUCUACCUUUGCAGUCUUUUAGGUACAAUUAUUAGAAGUUAUAGAUUGACUAUCAUUCACCCCCAUUACAACUGAAAGCAGAGGUACCAUUCUAAUGUGUUAAUAAUGUGUUGCCAUGUGCAGUGCAACAUAUAAUGUACGAAAUACGUGUGGGACCGAAAAACUGCGUGUUUCCAUCUCAAGCAUGGACAACAAGCAACUCUAGGAACAGCUUAUUUCAUUCUCAUAAUCUUCUUGAAUUUGUGAAAGCUUUUUUUAAGACCUUACAUUUCCAAACGUGUACUCAUCAGUGUUUACAUUUAUAUGAGUUGCUUUGUUAGUUGUUUUUUUGUCAGUAGUUCUCAUUUAAUUUUAGGGUUGUAUAUGUGUGCCUUGUUUUUUAAUACUGCAUAAAGUAAUAGGAGUAAAACUAUUAUAUAUUUGUAUUGUGAGAUUGAGUUUUUCUUUUAAUUUGAUAAAAGAAACUGAGGACAAUGUUUACACACUCUAAUCUUUAUGAACUAAGUUGUCUUGUAUUAUACUGUAAAAAGCUUUUGUUGUUCUUUUGAAAAGGUGAAACUGAAUGUAUUUUGUACAUACAUAUAUUUUGCAUAACAUGACUGGAUGAAUAGCGUGAGGUAUGAAUAAACAUUUCAAGUUAUAAUAUUG